AUGUUUAUUCUCGGCGCGUGUGUGUUUCUCUUCUUCCUCGUCUUCCUGGCACUUCUCUGGUUCUUCGCGACGCCUGAGGGCACCUCUCUGUUUUCUCGGCUGCAUCGCUUCUUCUUUGCUUCUUUCCCUCGCCGCUGCCUUCUCCUCCUGGAGAAAACAUGCGGCACGCGUGCCCGCCGGGGCGUCGAGAGGGCCUUCUUCUACGUGUGCCACACCAACAAUCCGCUGGUGCAAAUCGUCUAUCUGGCGGUGAUGAUUGGCGGCUAUUCACAAGUCGUUCUCGUCGGCUAUCCCUGGAUCCCCAACGCCUAUCUCGGAGCCCACCACAAAUUCAUUGCCUUUGGCGUUUUCAUUGCUUGCCUCGCCACCUUCCUCGUGUGCUCUCUCAAAGACCCCGGUGUCAUAGACCACUCAAAUGUCGACGAACAUGUGCGCCUCUACCCUUACGACAAAUGCAUCUACUUCCCGGAUUCAAAGUGCUCGACUUGUCUCUUCACCAAGUAUGGAUCUGUCACGUCUCUGAGCCUGCUGAUGGGGAUCGUCGACGCCCUGCGGCUGACGUCAGCGACGUACAUUGACCCGCUUACAGGACGCAGAUCCUCCGCCACGUGGAGCAUCGUCUUUCAAUACAUGGCUGGUCGCUUCGGAUCUCUGAUUUUCCUCGCGGUUCUCUUCAUCGUCUUCUUCUUUCUGCUUCUCGGAUUCACGGCCUUCCACAUCUACACGGCAGUUUGGAGGAACAGCACGACGAACGAGUGCUUCAAGUACCGCUGCAUGCGCCAGGUCUUAGCUUCGCCUUUCCCUUUGGUUGACGGCAGCGAGGAUCCUGCGCUGUCGGCGACCGGAAACACAGAGGCAAACGCCGCGGAAGAAGGGAGAGAAGAGGUGAACGACGGGAAGAAAGGAAUGCAAAAGAGCGGAGAGCCAUGCGGGGAGGAAGGAGCGCAGGGCAGCGACCGCGACAACUCUGGGCACGAGAAAAAGAACGACAAGGAUGCCUUGCAUCCUGCGCUCAUGUCGCCGACUCAAGCAGCGAAGCACGUCAAGAAGGCGAGGGCGAAAUACAGUCGCAGUUUCCUCGACAGUCUUCUCGAGGUCUUCUCUUUCGACGAAUGGAUGCGUGAGACUCUCCGCCGCGAGGACCGCGAAUUCGAGCGCACCGCGGCGGCUGCAGCUCAGGCGACGCAGGCCGUUGUCGAAGCAAUGCCGCAAGAAGACCAGACAGAAGAGACGGAAACGAAGGAGAAAGUCCUCGGAGGCGGCAGAAAGGAGAAAAGCGCCGAGAUACGUCGCGUGAUGCACCCGCGGGGUAGAGCCGUCCAGGCGCAGUAA